AUGUUUCAUCGGCGUCCGGCGUCCGGCGUACGUCCGGCAUCGUCCGCGAAGUCCGCGCGUCCGGCAGCCGUGGGCGGCCGCUGUGGGCGUGCAGCCGCUGCACCGCCCCGCCCCCCGCGCGCCCCACGCUGUUUAUUCUCGGCCCGAGUGGCGGGGCGCGCGACAGUCGCCCGCGUGACGCGCUCCCGAACGCACGCGUGCGGCGCGCCAUCGAUCGUUGCACCGGCCCUUCACAUUAGCACCACCACCCGAUGGACACAGCACCACACGAGGACUGCUCGUAAUAUAUAUUGUACACCGGACAGCGGUGCAGUGCCGUGCGUGAACUUGUGCGAAUUCAGUUUUAUGUUUUAUUGCGUCACGUGGAUGCCAGUACUGCGAAGAUUUACGGAAGGCAUUACGGUGGCGGCGGUAUUGGGGGGCAGGCUGGAAUGCGCCGGAUUGGACACGUUUAGCGCGCGCGCACGCUCCGACAUCGUGCCGCCUUCCGAACACCCGGCCAUGGCGACCGAGACCGGCGGCGCCGCGGCCGGCGGCGAGCAGCAAUACUCACUGCGGUGGAACGACUUCCAUUCGUCCAUGGUGUCCUCCUUCAGGCGCCUGCGCGAUGAGGAGGACUUUGUCGACGUCACGCUUGCGUGCGCCGGCGCCACUUUUACAGCGCACAAGGUGGUGUUAUCUGCAUGCAGUCCUUAUUUCCGGAGACUUUUAAAAGCGAACCCUUGCCAACAUCCUAUUGUGAUCCUGCGUGAUGUCCACGACAAGGACAUGGAGAGUCUUCUUCGGUUUAUGUACCAAGGCGAAGUGCACAUCGGUCAAGAGCAGUUGAAAGAGUUCCUCAGGGCAGCCCAGCUACUACAAGUGCGUGGACUGACGGACGUCCCUGCUCCAGCACCGAUGACCACUUUGGAUCAGAAAGCUUCACCAUCAGCCUCAUCAUGGACCGAAACUGGCAGUGCUGCAUCUCGCGAAGGGAGAGAAGGAGGACAGCAGCGUGAAGGCAGGAGACCACGGAAACCAGACGAUGGAGCAAACAACACACCACCACCGAAACGGGCCAGGUCUUCGGACCUGUACCAGGCGCAGUUGAAGUCCAGGACGGAACAGCUACUGUCGGCGCAGGGAGCAAGCCCUGAGCGACUGGGCACUAACGGGCACGAGCUAGCCUUAUUUGGACAAGCCAUGGACACGUCACAAAACCCUCACCUAUCCGGAGUUUCAAAUAAUCUGUCUGGAGACGGUGAGGAAUCAUCAUCGGACGCGGGCGCCAGCGACACGGAGGGAGAGACUCGCGCCAAACAGGAGCCCAUUGACUACGACGACCCAGCUACCAUGGCCAACACCAACGGAACCCUGCCGCACAACUUCCCCGGACUACUUAAUCUACCAGGCUUCCCCGGCUUACCAGGACCAUCAGGAAUACCCGACAAUUACGGAGGCUGUCGAAGGACUCAGGACUUGUUACGCGUGCGAGCGACGGACCCGCGGCCCUGCCCCAAGUGCGGCAAGAUAUAUCGAUCUGCGCACACGCUGAGGACACAUCUCGAGGACAAACAUACAGUCUGCCCAGGAUAUCGGUUAGUACAUAGAGAGAAUAAUAUUACAUACAACAGAACAUUAGGUACUCGGUCGGUAAGUCGGCAAAAAGACUUGACCGGAUUCGCCUGA